CAUCGCCACGCGCUGGCGUGACUCCCGUCCCGCGCCGCGCCCUCCCGCGUCCGCAGCCAGCUCGGCUUCCUGCCCGCCCAGACGUCGCUUGUCCCGAGCUCCCGGUUUCGGCUCCGCGGAGGGAGAGGAAAUGAGUGCGGCCGCGGCGCCGGCGCCCGAGCGCGGUUGGAAGAGCGAGAAAGUGGACGAGGCUCAGGCCCUGGCGCGGAGUUGCGCCGCUCGGAGACCCGACUUCCAGCCGUGCGACGGGCUCUCCAUCUGUGCCACGCACAGCCAUGGCAAGUGCUUCAAGCUGCACUGGUGCUGUCACCUAGGAUGGUGUCACUGCAAGUAUGUGUAUCAGCCGAUGACCCCUGUGGAACAGCUUCCAAGCACUGAGAUUCCUGCGAAGCCCCGGGAACCCACAAACACUAUUCAGAUCUCAGUCUCCCUCACUGAACACUUUUUGAAAUUUGCAUCUGUCUUCCAGCCUCCUCUCCCGCCUGAUUCACCAAGGUACUGUAUGAUCUCAGACCUCUUUAUUGACAACUAUCAGGUUAAAUGUAUCAAUGGGAAGAUGUGUUAUGUGCAGAAGCAGCCGGCGCCACAUUCCCACAAAAUGAGCCCUGAGGAGGUCUCUGCACACGAUGCCUUAAUUUCAAAAGAGAGCAAUACACCAAAAAUAGAUCACUGCUCUUCUCCCUCAAGUUCUGAGGACUCUGGGAUCAAUGCAGUUGGGGCUCACUAUGUGGAAUCGUGUGAUGAGGACACGGAAGAGGGAGCAGAACUGAGUUCAGAGGAAGAUUACAGUCCAGAGAGCAGCUGGGAACCGGACGAGUGCACCCUUCUCUCCCCCUCGCAGUCUGAUCUGGAAGUGAUUGAAACAAUAGAAACCACUGUGUGAGGGUCCAGGUGGGCAGCCAGGUCCUCUGAUCCAUGCUGAGCUUUUGUACUUUUGUCUGGUGGAUCCUUUUCCCAGUGCAGUUGGUGUUUUCUGCCUGUCUCAUAGCAGUUCAGUGGUCUGCUGAUUUAGCUUCACUUUUAAAUUAGUCUUAUUAUAACUAAGACCUUUUUUCUUAUAAAUGGUUUUCUUUGUAUCUUGACUUACUUUGUAUGUAGCAUCUGGUGUCAUGAAUUGUGACCCAGCCUUAAUCUCACUGGGAACUUUGAAAGCAGCAAAGCAAUGAUCAGAGUCUCGUGGGUCAAGUUGAGCAGCUGCCCAGAGUGAAGGACAUGCCGUGUUCUAGAUAGCCAGGUCUUGGCAGAACAACUUUGGCAUUCCUUUUGGCAAACUGACAGGCAUUCCUGCCCUGCUAGUCCUGUAUGGGGAUCAGCUCAUAUGACCCCUCAAGGUGUGCACCUGGAGAUGCCAUUCUGUCCCUUUCCCUGUCUCCCCACCACCGGCCCCGAGGCUGGGCCACAUUGCCCAGGCUUCUUUCUAGGAAGCUGCUGAGGCCAGCUCAGCCCCUCGUUUCCGCCAGUGUCUGCACAGCCCUCCAUGAUCUGGGGCUGAGCUAGACCUCACUUCAGAAGAGAUGACGUCUUCAAUUUCACACUCAAUCCAGCUUUAGCUGAAUGCCUACACUCCUCAGGGUACUGUGGGGAUACAGACUGAGUAAGACCUGGCUCCCAGCAUGAAGGGGCCACAGUCCAGUAGGAGAGGUAACACAUGCUCUGGGAACCCAGAGGAGGAGCAGAUGUACUCAGCUUGGGCUAGCUGAGGGAGGUGGUGUAGCAUUUGAGCUGGCCUUUCAGGUGGCUUCUUCAUUUCCCUGCUUUUUAAAAUUGUUCUUCAAGUCUGGAGAAAACUUUUAGGAAGUUAUAUAGGUUUUAUAUUUAGGAGGCAGCCACAUCCAAUGUCUUACGAAAAAAAAAUCGGUAAUAGUUUUAGUUAGCAUGGAAAUGCUAAAGACAAGUCCUUUAGGGAUUAGGAAUGAAUCUAAUAGGUUUGAUUAAUUCUGCUUCAUUUGGUUGUAUGAAGCAUUAGAAUGGCUUAGGUGAGAAAUGGAUUAGAAUUCAGUAUGAUGCAUGGAUUUUUAUGCAGAUGCAGAAGCAGUUGAAAUAGUUUGCUGCUAAGUCAGGAGAAAAUAUUUUGUGUAAUAUUCAUUCACUUUACUGCAGUAAUAUUCACGGUCUGUUGUAUAUGUUCUCCUUUCCGACACACAUAAAAUAGUGAAUGAUUCUUUCUUAUUUAGCUUUCUUCAGAAUCCUGCUCCUAAUCUCCGUUUAUAAUAGUUGUUCCUGUGAGUCGGUUAUCUGCUGUUUCUCCAAGUGGACUGUCCUUGAGGCAUAGUUAAGAACCCAGGAAGUUUAAAAGUUGGCCAGAUGAAAGCAGAACUGUCUAAGUCGGAGGUAAGGAGGUAGGUGCCUCUCCGAGUGCGCUCUCCUGGCAGCGCCUUGUGCUCCGUCUGCAUCGGACACAUGCCUUCUACGGCGUGUUCAUUUGUAUUUUAAGAAAUAAGAAGAGGCCUGUUGUGUCCUUCCCUGAAGCCCCCGUUUGGCAUCCUUCACAAGUCAGUCACUCUGGGCAGAACAUGCUUUCCUGGUUGUAUGUGUAGUUCAAGUGAUUGGCCAGAACAUUCUGUUAGGUUUAGGUGCCCCAAACAUCCAUAGGCUUUAGAAAGCAGAGUGUGCAUAUUCCUUUCAAAACAGUGUUAGUUACCACUUUCUUUGCAGAUGAGAAUGCAGCCAGUGUAAAGUUCCUGCUUCCUGAAGUGUAAAGCCUCAACACGUCCAACCAGAAGGUGGUGAGCGGAGCUCCAGGAACAGCGGGGGCCAGGAGGGGGUGACAGAGGCUUAUGUUGGGAGAGGAGUUUAGGGACAGAUGCUGCAGAGCCCUGCCCGAGACUCUCGGCACCCCCGCCGGGAUUGAGCGGACAGCUGCAGGCGGCCUGUGAACCACAGCAAUGCCCGAGUCCUGUCUCCACCCAGCCCGGUUCAAUCACUGGGAGCUGGUAAUGCUUUUAACCCUUGGUGUCCCACCCCAGUACUCUGCUGAAUGAAGGGGUAAGACAGGACCUCGGGACUCAGGCUCCCCGAGGUGGGGUUCAAGGAGGGGCAAUUAGAAGUCAGAUGGAAUUCUUCAGGAACCAGGCAGAUGAGGGAAUUUGGUGAAAAUACAAGUGAAAAACAAGGUAAAGUAAAUUUGUCAAAUAUUAAUGGUGUUUUUCUAUUUGCUUUUUCAAAUUUUCCUGGUUUCCUAAAAUGAAUUGAUGUUACUUUUAUCAUCAGAAACACACCCAGUAAGCUGUUUUGAAGAUCGUGAGUCCUAGGACAGUGAGCACGGUGGAGCCUGACUUCGCAGGUUUGUGGGAGGAAGUGGGGAGCCGGUGAGUCUGGGCAGCAAUGCACCCCCACCCCCCACCCCCUCCUGCGGUGGCAGGGACUGAAGGCUGGACUGAGGACUGUGUGUCCUGGAUCCACCCGGCCUCCCCAGGCGGUGACCUCAUUCCAGGCCUUCAUCCAUCGCUGGAAGGUUCUUGGGCCAGUGGGUUGGAGAAGAGGAGGGGAUUUGUUUCUUACUGUCCUCAGUCCCCAGCCCGAAACUGUAUGAAUUUAGAGAUGGGAGAUCAGAAAGCUUGGGCUCUAGUGGGACAUCUUCGUCCUCUGUGACACCUAUCCUGUCACCUAGUGUAAAAUCCCAGUUGGCUUAUCCCGAGAAGGAGGUCUGGAGCGCCACUGCAAGGUAACGACAGGAAACGCCCCAUCGUGGGCCCAUGAAGCCCCGCAGAUGCUGAAGGGGACUUACACACAUUUUCCUGGAUGUCAGCUUGUCUGCCAAACUCAGCAACUCUGUGUGACAGGCGGGACAGGAUAAUUUUGUGAGUUUUUGGCUGAAGCAUCCGGCAGCUAAGUCAACGAUAGAGGCAGGUGAGUCACUCGUACGCGGCAAGUAAGUGACAGGGCCAGAGCUCCAAACUUCUGUUGAUUCCAAAUCCAGCCGGUGUUACCCCUUGUUGUUGAGGCCCAGCAGUCACACCUGCCCUGCUUAAGCCUGGUUCCACUGCUCCCCCACACUCACCUCUCCGCCCCGACCUGAGGCCCGGAGGCCCUCCCAGCCCCGCCCACACCACCAGCCCUUCUUCUUGGCAGGGAUUAGGGGGCAUCCAGGAGCCACAGCCCAGCCCUCCAGGCAUCGCCUGGUGCUGCCCUUGUUGCCAAGUUGCUCUGACUUUCUGCCUCUCCUGGCUGGACCUCGAACUGGCUCUGGCCUGAGACCCAGACGAGACCCAGAUGCUGCCUCAGGCUCAGGGGUGGCCCAGGAUCUAACACUUCUCUCGGGAAUUGGCCUCCACGGUUAGCGCUUUUGGUAUUAGCCGCUUCUGCUUCCUCCCCCUCCCAGCCCGGUUCAGGUACCAACUGCUCCUUGUGGUAAGCACUGGUCAUCACCCCCUUAGGCUUGCCUCCCAGGGCCAGCCUACUCCAGGGCACUGUGUAGACCCUGCCUGAUGACCCAGCCCUGAACUAGGGCCCCAUGUACUAGACAAAGGGCUGGGCUCUGCCCCAAUGUUUAGAAUCUGCCUGUGUGAACUGUGAUGCCAAAAUUCACCAAGCAGAUGUUGGUGCACCCGUGUACCAGCAGAAGGACCUGGAAGAGCCACCACAGCGUAUGCACAAGCUCUAAGCGGCCACGCAGUCGGCUGCGGUUCCGCACUGUCUGGAGGGUGGGCUUCCCAAGGGUGGGCUUGGAUUUACACAGGAAUCCACAGAGCCUGUUUUUCCUGGGAAUCUAAAAUAACAAGGGGUAACUCUAGCAUGAUUUCGAAGCUGCACUGAGUAGUGGAAGACACCAGGGAUUUGGGUUUCUAGAGGAACCCAAGGUCCUGGGUCAAUGGGCCCAGAGUGGGUGCUUCUGGACAGGUCACUAGGUCAGCAUAAGAUCAGGGAGUCCAAGAAUUCAUUGUGGUCCUUGCAGAUUUUGGGGGCUCCAAAAGGGAUCAGUUCUUCCCUAGAGGAUUUAUUCUUACGCCAACAUAUCCAAGAAUCACAGAGAGGCAGUGGAUUCCUGGAGCUGCAAUGUGUUUCCUGAAUCAAACAGGAAAUCACUUUGGCCCCAUGUUAUGUCUGAUACAGCCACUCAGAAAGGCAGUAACAGACUGACGGAAAGGUCAGUGAUGGGGAGGACAAAGGGAGGGAGUUGACCAAAAAUCACCAUCUCAGGUGGAGGUGGGCUGUGGGAGCUUUGAAGGAUGAUGGGCCAAAUCACUCUUCAGGAGAGAGAGAGGAGAGGCCAGGCAGGGCAAACCAUGAGGUCCUCCAGUUUGCUAGGGGCUGGGACAUGGUCCUUUAAGACUAUCAGGACCAAAUACUAACCUUUGAGAUGUACGUAGUGCGGAGUUCUGAGGGAACAGAUGUCAGGUAGGAAUGGGGGCUACUGGCCUCACUCAGUUACUGAGGAGUGAAGCCAAGGCCCAUCCCCACUGGCUCCUGAGCCAGCCGGCCCUGGCUGGGGCAGGAGGCUGAAGCCGGGGCCUGUUCACCAAGACCAGGCUUGGGAAGGGACUGCAGGGGGUGGCGUGUGCGUAUUACCUAUCCCACCGCCUCCGAAGCUGUGGAUGUUCAGUCACUUACACAGGAGGCAUGUAUUCAAAGAGGUGUUAGCACCUACCCUCCUACCCUGCAAAGUCAUUCCUAAGUUUAUACCCAACAGAAAUGUGUACAUAUGGCCACCAAAAAACAGGAAGAAAAAUGGUAAUGGGCCACCACUAGAAACAAACCAAACGCCCUUUAGCAACAGAAUGGAUAAGUUAUGGUAUAUUCAUACAACGGAAGACUAUUCAGCAGCGAGAAUGAGUAACAUAGACAAAUCUUACAGAUGUAACUGGAAUGAAAGAAGCUACUUCCAAAAGAAUAAUGUACCUUUUUAAAAAUGAAGUUCAAAGCAGGUGAUGUUAGAAGUCAGGGUGGUGGUUAUCUUGCGGGGUGGGAGUGAUGAACAGAAAAUUCAGGGGACAUCUGGGGUGUUGGUCGUUCCUGUUUACUUGAUCUGGGUGCUGGUUGUACCAGUGUGUUCACUCCAUGAAGUAAUCUAGCUUUUCACACGUGGUUUGUGAACAUUUCUGCCCAUAAAAGGUUUACUUUAAAAAGAGACUUAAAAGAAAAGACAGUGGCAGGUACCCAGCUUUCAGCACUGUGCUAUGGAGGACAAGGCGUGGCCCAAACACAAUCCUUCCUUCAGGAGUGAUGGAGGCAGACAGGAAAACGCAAGCAUGGAAACAAGGUGAGUCCAGCUGCCACCUUCAUGGAGAAGUGGGGAAGGCUUGGUAGAUUGCUGGGCUGUGGAGGAGGCUGGUGGCCAGGAGAUGGCCACAGAGGCCCCGGAGAGGAGGGUUCGCUAGGAUGAGCCCUCGGAGAACCGGGGCCGCCCCCUGGAGCCCAGUGGUGGUCAGACUGCCCAGGCCUGGAGUCUGCCCUGGGCUACCCGGAGGGCAACACACCAGGCCUUUCCUGCAGCUCUGGGCAUGUCACAGGUGUCUGAUUCUGGACAUGCACCUUUGGAAAAACAUUUUCAGCAGGCAGAGCUGAGUGGAAACAUACUGCUUCUAAAAGGAUCCCCAAAGCACUGAAUUAUUUAUUUGCAGCCACAUUCAUCAUUGAUGAGGCCCCUGUUGGCUUCCCUCUUCCACAAACACCUUCCCUCCCCACUCACCAGGCUCUGGUUGGUAAUGUGUUGCCUUUAUAAAGCAUCUCUUGCACGUCACCGGGACCUUUGCUUCAGACAGAGCAGAUGCGUCUUUAUUUUUCAGAAGAGUUGCAGCCUUCCUCUGCUCACACCUGAGCCAUGGGGGGCUUUGCCUAGAACCCGGGGCUCCUGACUGGCAGCCCAGGUUUCUUUCCAAGGUCCAUUCUGCCUCUCAUGGGGAACUGGGUGAGACCAUUUCCCCACCUCGCCCCCCAUGGCAGGAGGGCGGGGCAGUAGCUCAAGCUGUGAGUCGAGUGACCAUUUUCAGAUGGUCCAUUCAAAUACUUACUGUUUACCACGUACAAAGGAGAAACAGGCUGUGAUGGACACAGCUGUGUUUUGGCCAGAGUCCCUCGCCUCUCCUCUUAGGACCCUGAUUUCCUUUCAGAAGCUCAUCUCUCCUUCCCCCCAGGGGCCAGCAUGGAAGAUGGCGGCUCAGACCAGGUACCUGCCCUCCUCACAUGGUAGCUGGUGGGUGCCUAGAACCUCGCUCCCCAGAUCCUUCCUUUUACCACCUGUCCUAGUCCAGUGGUGGGCAUGUGGCCUGGAAGAGCAGCUGGAGCUCGGUGCUGGGGCUGGUGCGGGUGCUCAGAGCUGCUGCUCCUGGAUACAGGGAGCCCCAGCCCCUCAGUGAGCUCCCAUGGGCAUGUCAGCAGAACCACUGCUGCUGCUGCCCGAGCCUGGAUAGAUUUCCAGAUAGUCUCUGCCCCCAAGGAACUGCUUUGAAGUGGGACCCAUAUUGCUGCUGAAUAGAGCAUGUAAGUGCCAUGAGGGCCAGGGACUGGGCCCAGCAUUGCCCAGCCCUUGUGUCAGUUUCUCAUCUACCCUCAGAUGAGACGAGAGGGCUCUUCAAAUCCAAUGCAGAAGGCAUGACCUGGAUCUAAAGAUGCUGUCACUUAGUCAGUGGUGCUGUGCCUUGAAUGACAAGUUAAAGACUAUUGGGGAUGAUAAACUAGGAAAGGGGCUGGAGGAGAGCGCUUUGGUGGUGUCACGGGUCCUGGUUUGAACGGGGCUCCGAUACUCAGUCAACUGCCUUGGCUCUUUAGAGACUGAAGAAGGGCAGUCUCAAAUUUGCUUUGAGAAUAUCAAGCCCCUUUGGUCUUAAUUUUAGGCUCAUCAAGAAACCUUCUGAUACAGAAUUUUGGGAGGUGGCAUCACUGGCUUUGGAAUCAGCUCUGAGUUCAGAUCUGUGCUCUGCCACUUCUCAAGUGUGCGUCUUGGUUCAGUUAUUGCCCACGUCUGAGUCUCGGCUUUCUUGUCUGUAGGACAGGGUUGACUCUGUCAUGUGGCUGCAGUGGGUAUCCAGUCGGUGGUCACUUCCCCUAGCGUGGCCUCCUCGCGCUGCCGCCUUGGGAGUAGUUCUGUGUAAGCGUUAAGCUAACGUUUCUGGCGCGUUUGCUGCGUGCCUGCGCAGAGCUCUGUUUUCACAGGCGCUCUCAUUUAGUCAUCACCAUGGCCUUACUUUAUAAAGAAACUGAAGCCAAGAGAGGUUGUGACUUGCUGAGGAUCACAGCUAGGAUGUGGCAGAAGCAGGUUCUAUUUUCUAUUAAAAGUUGUAUCUAGUUUCUGCAUCUGUCCCCUGGGGAUUGUUCUGGAGUAUUGGAAAUGAUGAACAUGGAAAGGACCCAGCAUGCUGCCUGGUGCCCAGAAGGUGCUCACUAGUUAUUGGGCCGUUAGGAGCACCAUGGGCUCCUGGCCGGGACACGGGUGGGCCCGCCCUGCAUGCUCAGUGGCUUGGGCCUCACAGCCAGUUCCUGGGAGCCCGUCCCGAGUGAAGUGCAAAUGGAGCACCUGCGCCCGUGAGGCGGACGCCUCAUCCUGCGUGUGUGGUGCGACCUCCUGCGGUUAUUGGUUCCAUGACAUCCAAGGGCCCUGGGCCAAGAAGCAUAAAAAUACUGCUCUAGCAGCCUAGUCGCUAUCAGAGGAGCACCGAGACAGAUGGGCCUAUGAUGCAGUUGCUCAUUUGAAGACAGGCAGGGCUGCCACAGUCAGGGGCCUUGACUGAGCUACUAGAACUGAACUAGGGCAACAAGGGUUCUAAACAUCCUUUACGACUUGAUAGACGGAGAGUGAGACAGCCAGCAGGCCUGCAGGACUCCAACAGGAGGCGUUUAUUGUUAGAAAUGGCAGGCCUUACACUUAAGCAGGUUGUAACAUAAACACGUGGACAAGGCGGUACGCCAGCCCCGCAGGCUCCUCGCUCCCCCCCCAGUGCAGGUUUCCGUUGUGCUGUGCCGAGCUGACCCAGUCCUUGUCCCAGCACAGCAGGAGGUCACGUCCCUCCCUCUCUCUGUGUCGUCCACAAGCUGGAAGGGAUGGGGUGUGACAGACUUGGAAUGGCAGCUGCGGGAGCUGUGCUGCUUCUCUAUGCUUCAGGGGAAACAGGAAAAAGGCCCAACAGGCAAAACGAAUUUUCUUAAAUGACUGGAUGGAGGUAUGUGACAGUCAUCUGCUUAAUGAGCAAAACAGAAUCAACUAGUCUGGUGCUGAUGCUACAGCAGCACCAGGAAGAGACGCGAGUCUCCCUCCUCCCCAGAGGCUUCAGUCCUCCGUCACGGGCGGGGGAAUGAGCUGCAGCUGGAAGUUCUCCUUCUGGAAGAUGCUGUUGAAGGCAGAGCCACUCUGGGAGCCACCAAAUGGCCUGCAGCUGUCACUGCUGCGAUUCUGGGAGAGUUCUGUAAGGAGAGCCAGCUGCAAAGGAGGGGACAUGCAUCGACCGAGGCUGGUGGGGCAGAGUCUGGGAGGGGGCCCUAAAUAGGGUGGCAGAGUUCAAGACGGUUCAGGAAGAGCUCAGGGACAAAUCUGGCCCAGCUAGAACUUAGGGGUGACUAGGGUGUGGAGGAGAGGGUAGAGUCUGGACUCUUACUUUCAAGUAUGGAAAGCCAGGAAAGUGUUUUAAGCAAGGGGGUAACACGACUUGGAUUUAGGGAUGGUACCCAAGCAACAGCCUGGAGAAGUGACAGAAGACCUGCAGUGGCCUUUGUGAGUUGGAAAGGGAAAUGGCCAGGAGAUGUAGAGAAGGUGCCUAUUGAGUAGGAACCCCCACUGUGUGGAGAGGAGGAGCCCAGGGUACCGGCAGGCUACUGCUCUGGGGGACUGGAUGACAGGAUGCCACCCAGAGGCAGGCACAAGCAAGGAAGAGCCGGUAGGGAAAGGUAAUGAGCACGCUUCUGAAGUGCCUUGGAACCCCCAGACUCAGGUAGUGGCAGGACUGCUGGGAACUCCCCAAAUCUGUACUCUCUCUACAGCUACAGGAUUCCAGUAAGUUUUAGCCCAGGGCCUUUUGGAAUCAAGACCAACUGUCCUAAUCCCAGCUACAGUUAUGUGUGCUCAUGUGUCUCAGUUCUGGACAAAGGAGGUAAGUGGAAGAGGUGUAUACAAUUUCUAGGGACUGUCCUUAAAUAGAGGGCUUAUAGUCCUCCUUUUUCUGCAUCUUGCUAGCAGGAAUGCAGAUGUGAUGGUUGGAGCUGGGGCAACCAUGUUGAACCAUGUGAGUAAAAGCCAUAUGUUAAGGAUGGCAGAGCCAGAGGUAGAAGAAAUCUGGAGAGAGGCUCACAGAAGGUUGCCCUGGGAUGCCUGCAUUUCCAAUUCCAUUUUGGUUAAACCACUUUAAUUUAGCAUUCAUCCUUCAUGGCCAGAACAAAUGCAGAUGCCUAGCAGAGUCUGGGGCUGAGGGCAGGUUGGCAGUCAUCAGUAUAAAGGGUCCUAGAUGAGGGACUGGGCUUAUGCUUGCUUGCUCUGGAAGCAGGAUAAACACAGAUGCCCUUCUGUGUCCUCACAGCCCAUGGCAGGUAAGGGACAGAGAUCUUUCCACUUCCUCUGCAUCCUCUGCCAAGUUCUGAGUGCUCCCUGGGGUCAGGGCUCCACAAGCCAUAACAGGGAGGCCAGGGCACUUACAGACUAAGGAGGAGGCUGGAGUGAGGACUUGAGGACACUGUUACUAAAACAGUAAUUAUGGAUAGGAGAUAUAAACAACCACACAAACAUUACCCUGGAACUUCCUCGGUAGAGAUGGCAAAGCUGAUCAAAUGCUUGGAUUUGCUGUGGAUCCAGAACAGGUUCUGAGGCUGCCUGAGAAAUCAAGAACAGUAAGGUUAGUAACCCCCAGGGGAGGCCUCUGGAUUUGGUCAAGGCUGAGACAGGAUGUGGCGCUUCCUUCGUUCCUGUGAGGAAAAUCCAUGCUUCCAGCAACUGGUGAGAUACUUUACUGGACAGUAAUCAGAAAUGGGCGUGUCCCUCCUCAGUCCCUUGGUGCCAGCCGCAGGUGGACCUCUCUAGGGACACCCCCCCACCCCAGGGUUUCCAGCUUUUUCAGACUGACGAGCUUCCUUAAGGGCUGCUUGGUCCCUCUCUGCCUUUACUGUGCAGAGCAGUUCAGUUCCACCCAGCCCUGCGCUCCCCACUCCCCCGCCUUAUCCCUCACCGAGUAAGGCGCUCAAAGACGCUCCUUCUUUGUGCAGGUGGUGGGGAUACAGUAUAUGUGAAAAAUCACGUCAUUUCCCUGCCUCAUUGUAAAGCUGGUAGCCACCUACGGGGCUGCGAUUUUAGUCUGCUUUGGAGGAAGGAAGUCUAAUUGCUCUCCCAGUAGUCUUGCUUUGCUCCACCUGUUACUGCACCAACACUGUGGUCCUACUCAGUGGAUCCGAUCCAACGCAUAGCUAGAGGGCAAAAUGGGAUCCUGGCAGAAGCCGCCACAGGCUUUGGAGUCGGAGGAUGUGGAAGACGUUCAAGAACAGGGCAGUGGAGUGGACGACAGGGGAGGCACAGAGCAAAUACCACCACUCAGAAGACUGACCACGUCCUGAGCAUUUACCACAGCCGAGCCCCUUGUGCUGCAUACUCUGUGUGGGUGAGCUCGUCAAAUCCUCACCGCCACUCUAGCAGGAAGGUACUGCCGUGUCCAGCCCUGCAACCCCCCAGGAUUUGAACUUUAAAAAGCAUUACAUACAGAAACUUUAAGAGGUUAUGUAAAGUUGUCUUCCAGAAAGGACUUUACUUUUUUCCUCAAAAUUUUCACCACCCUUAGGGGGGAAACCUACUAAGAGCUAAGACAGAAUGGAAAUAAGCACUACCCCUGAAAUAAAUCACGCUAGUGAGUGUGAAAUUAUUUCACACCUUCAUUUCCUAACUAGGUGAAAAGGAUGUGCUUCGAGACCCAGAAAGCAGCUAUCCACGAUGAGGGUCACAGCUCAUGGGCCCCUGGAGUCCCGCAGGAUGCUGCAGAGGCGAACAGUUUUAAAAAGUCUAGAUUUCCUUAUUUAUUUCAUCCAAUUGGAUCUAUUUUGGAAGCCAACUCAAAUCAUCAUGGGAAAGUGAAGGUCAUGUCGGAUCAGAAGUAGAAAAUGCUACUGUUAAAAACAGAAUCGUGCUUUCCACACACACCCCCCCUGCCCCCGGCAACAGUACAUGGCAGAGACGUCUGUUCUAGGCACAGAGUAGAUGGCUCUAGCCCCCGGGAGUUUGCUCACUGAGACAGAAGGUGCAGAAGUCUCAAAUGAUGGUCCAAUCCAUGUUUUCUAAUCCAGCACUUCUCCAGCUUUUAUGUGUGUGAACAGGAUUGUGUAAACUGAGGAAGAGAAGGCUUGGAGACCUACCCAACCUGAAUGAAAAAUUCACGGCCAACUAAGGGUCAUAACCAGGUCCUCUACCUUAUAAACCCUAGCCCCCUUGUCCUAGGAGAAAAGCUGGAGUAACAAACAGGCCAUCAUCCUGGACAGCAAGACACUGAACUAAGGAGUGCCUGCUCGGGCUGCCCUGGGACCCUCUGGAAGCAAAGUUUCUGCAGGGUGGAGACAACCUAUUCUUGGCGGAGCUGUACUGUCUCUGUGGAAAAGUAUCUGAAAACAAGUCAUCUGAGGCGAAACAGGAGAGCCAUCUGUAGACGUGCCUAGGACCCAGGAAAUGCUUACCUCUCUUAAAAUCCUUCCUGGAACAAGACAGAGUAUUUUUAAAAUGGAAACAUUCAGGCAAUGACUUAUAAGUCACUAAGCACGUCCUGGUGCAGAGCCCUCCGUCCGGUAUGCCCGAGACCUGCUCCCUCAGAGCCUGCACUCCUGAGCCUGCCGGCCUGAGCCCAGCCCCGGCAUCACUGGUCACUGGCACUACAGUUACCAGAGAAGUGCCUGGAAGAAAGAAUGGGCUGAGAAGCAGGAAACCUGAGCUCUAAUCCCAUCUCAGCUCCCUGUAUAACCGCACAGGUCUCAUCACUCCUCUAGGUCUGUGUUCCAAUUUAUCAAAGCGCAGUGCCAUCAUGGGCCACACUCUACCAUCUGCGUAAGAUGUGGGCACCAUGAGAUAAUAAGCGCUUAAGGCAUGAACGUUUCAAGUAAGAUACUGAUGUUUACUGAAGCUGAUCAUGGCUUUAUUGCAUCGUCAGAAGUAAACAAGGCCAACCAACCAACUAGAGGCACUGUCACAAAGACUCCUGAGAGCCCUGAAGAGAAACAGUAAGAUGCUAUCAGAGAAACUGAUUUGUCAAAUCAGUGUCAUACACACAAAAAAAGUGGGAGCAACAAAACCUGAACACAGCCUCAGUUUGACAAAUCUGUAAACAUAAAGCACUCUUUCCAGACCAUCUCACCCACCAGCACAGGACUGACUAGGAGUGAUUUUUCCAACUGGAAGAGAAAGAAAAACAAUCAAUACUAUCUGCUAGCAUAAAUUUCUUUCUUCCUGUGUGAUAAAGUCCAAUGAUAAGAGCUGAAAAUUAAACUGUAGCUGAACAUUACACGAAGAAGCAGUGAUGGCUCUGGAAAUGACCUUGUAAGACUCAGCAUUAAAGUAAAUCCGGUGGAAAAUGAGGUGCUGAUGAUCUAGGAGAGCCCCAGGGAGAGGGCCGUUGGCUCAUGUAGCGCCAACACAUUUCAAAGCUCAGUGACUCACAGACGUGGUGGAAGUGAGAGCUGUAAUUACAUCUGCUGGAAGGAAGAAAACAAACCAGGGCUUCCAGGAUCCACGGGCCUCGCAACCAGCAUAUCAAGCUUUGAUACAGGAAACAACCGUGAUCCCUGCCACCCUGAAGGCUGGGUUCCUAGGAAUACAGGUAACACUAUGGAUUCUGGACACAAAGCCUUCCGAGUCAUACACAGAGAUGGGGACAGUCACAGGGACUGAGCUCUGCUUCUUCAUUUCUUAUUCUCCACAAUAAAUAAGUGCUGAAAUAAAAAUCUUAACAUUUCCCUUCCUACUUGUCUUCCCACAUGAACACAUGAGAGGGCUGAAUCUAGUUUGUGAAGGACGUGGGGCUCUUGGUUUAAUUCUGCAGCAUAAUUGUCUCUUCAAUCUAGGCGGCUUCUGCUGGCGGUGCUGUGAUGUGCUGGUGGGGAUGGGGGUACAGAUGGUGCAGAAUGUAUGGCUUGAGAACCAUAUUCCCCACUUCCCUCCCGCCUGCCUCGGUCUGUCAAAUCUUUCUGUACCUAAUAGAGUCAGACUUUUACCACCACGUAAGCUGUUUCAAACUAGAGGUCUUUAAUAUUUAACACUUUUGCCUAAAAUGAAACUUUGACUUCAGAGAUAAGCCAUUGUUUCCUUUCCCAUCUGCAAACAGAAAACACCUUUCCUAAAAUUCCCACAGACAACAGUUUAAACAGAACGUGACCUCUCAUACACCCUCGUUUCCCAAUGCCUCAGAACUCUCAGCAGCUCACAGCUGCUAAUGAAUCAGGUGAAGAAAUAAUAAAAUAAGCAGGUACCUUGCUAAGCCGAGUGGAGAGAGGAGGGAAACACCGGGCAGAACAUCUCUCAAGGAAAUUUCACUUAGAGUGGUGAUCCCAGCUCUAAGGGAAGAGUAUCUGAGGUCGAAGAUGGAAACCGUGAGAGGCUGAAUAAAAAAUAUUCAUUAAAAACCAAGAUCUUCAAAACCACAAUAAAAAAGACACAGCACAGUGAGAGUUCACAGCAGAGGAAGAGAAUGCUGACUUAAGUCUUGUGAGGUGUGAAAAGGUGUAACCACCACCAGCACCACGGGUAACAAUUACUGAACAAGUAAUUAUGCGAGCCAGCCCUGUUCCACGCACUGAACAUGUAUUACCUCGUCUCAGUAAAUCAUCGCAAAACCUCUAUGAGGUCAGUUCUCCUGUUAUCCUUAGUCCCAGGGUGCACAAUGUGCCCAAGGUCCGUCUGGUUGGUGGUAGAGCCCAGAUCUGAGUCUGGGCAGUAGGUUUCUUCCACGUCUAUGCUCGUGGCAUCCAUCUGGAAGACGCCUGACAGAAAGUCACGUUCAAGGGACCCAGAAGGUUGUGCCAGGAACAGACCAGGACUAGCUGGGGUCAGUAUCUACACCACACUCUUAAACACUGAUGGUCUCUGACCUCCUUCGGGGGAUCCUUGAUAAUUCUGCUUCCUAGUUAAGGGAAAGUCAUCCCACCAGGCCUGUGAAAGGUCAACAAAAGGCCCAGGAAGAUGGAGACAGAGAGGGAGAGGGAGUUACAAAGUUACAGGAAUUAGAGUUACAAAGAAAGCUCCACAGUAGGUUGGCAUUUUCUGUUAGUCAGAACCCCUACCCCCACCUUUGUCUUAUUUAAAAAAAAAAAAAAAAAGGCAGGGAAAGCAUUCAUUUCCUAUAUGUAAUUAAGGCCUAGCUACGUUUUGAUUAUCUAACUGAUUGCUGCCUACUUAAGAAGAAUGUCAAAUAACUAUCUUGAUAGAUGCUGCUAUAGGGCAGCAAUUAUGACAGAGCUCUUCUCCGAGGGCAGGGUCUUUAAUGAUUUUCUGUGAGAGAUAUGACUGAUGAAACAUGUUCAGUUUCAGUAUUCCCGCCCAUCUGGAUAGACCUAAAAAUGACUACCUGAUAACAAGAGAAAUACAGAAUCAACCCUGGAAAAGAAAGUUUAACUCUGAAAUGAGCAAAGCCCAAUACAAGUUAAUAAUGUAAUUACAAAGCAAAGAGGAAGAGCCCUGCUGCACCGUGGUCGUACUCUAGUUAUUUUAGACACCAAUUUGCUGUCUAAGAGAAAUGCUUUGGACCAUUUCUUUGAGAGGUGAAGGGAGAAGAAGGAACUGAGAAAAAUUAUUAAGUUAUUGUUCAUUGUACCAAAAAAACUAGAAACUUCCAAAUCUUGCCGUUAUAAAGUAAUGGAAAUAAACUACUAACUCUCCCAACUUAAGUAUAAAAUUAGCCAAAGAAUAUAGAUAGCAGUUGUUUUCAAACUUUGGACAAAAGGCAGAGCAGGAAUGUGAUCCUCGACAGAGAGGAAACAUACAAGGUGAGUCCGUGAUGUCCCUGGAAUUCUACCUGGAGGCACUUUCUAGACUGUGGCACAGGGAGGGAGGGUCCUAGGAGAGCAUGGCAGUCUUGCUGAGCUGAGGAAUCAGAGACAGGAAUUUGGGGCUGGACAGUGGGGAGAUUUUGAAAAGGAGGAAGUUGAGUUGACAAGAAGCUCCAGGAAUCUAUAUAGGUGUUCCCUUAAGUUUCUGGCCUGAUACUCAGCUGCACGUAGGCAGGCAAGACUCCAGAGGCCUGGAAGAGAACAGCUGCUGGGAGCUGGGAGAUAAUAGGAUCCUCUGGAGGUUGCAGAGUGCUGGGCUGGGAAUACUAAUAACCAGCUGAAGUGGAAAGACCCUGGGUGUUCAAUGAGACCAUAAAAAAGCCACAUAUUAGGAGCAGGACUAUUCUAGACCUGGCUAAACAAAGCUUAAAAAUAAGCCUCAAGAAUAUGUAGCUGAUUUAACAGUAAAUUAACCUACUAGAACAAAAUUCAAACCUCUAAAGGAAGACAACAAAAUCCAGAUGAUAACAUACUACCCACUAUGCCCAGCAUGCAAUCAAAAGUCUAGGUAUGCAGAGCAGGAAAACAUGACUUACAGCCAGAAAAGAAACUGACAGACUCUGAGGUGACAGAGACACUGGGUGAGCAGACAAAGAAUUUAAAACAUUUAUUUUAUAAAUACUUUAAGGAUUUAAAGGACCUAACAACUCAAUACAUGAGAAAACCCCAGUAGAGAAAUGGAAACUAUAAAAAGCACUAAAUGAUGGGAGGUUAAUAAAUGAACCUAUAGCAUUGCAAGGUCCCUAUAUUUUACAUUAAGUAGUAAAAUAUUAACUCUAAUCAGUAAUAAUGUAAAGUUGUAUUCUGUAAUACCUACAGCCACCACUAAAAAAUAAAGCAAAGAGAUACAGUUAAAGAAGCAACAGAACUAAAAUAAAUAUUAAAAAAUAUUCAAAUAACUCCCCCCAAAAAUAGCAGAGUAAAAUUCAGCUAAGUCAAAAAAAUAAAUAGAUGAAAAGGAAACAGACAAAUCAACAAUCAUAGUUGGAGAUCUGUAACACUCUCAGUAACUAAUAAAAUAACUUGACAAAAAAUCAGUAAGCAUACAGAAGAUAUAAAAAGCACUAUCAACUGCCUUCACUUACAGGCAAAUUUAUAGGAAUUACACCCAAAACUGCAGAUUACACUUUUUUUUUCAAAUGUACAAUUAAUGUUCACAUAGGAAGAUGAUACGCUUGCUCAUAACAAAGUCUCAAUGACUUUCCAAAGGUUUGUAUCUUCCUGGGUAUGCUCUCGGACAAUGAGAGUUAAAUCAGAAACCCGUAACGAUAAUAUAUCUAGAGAAACCUCAAAUAUUUGGAAAUUAAAAUAAUAUACUUCUAAAUAACCAAUAAGUGAAAGAAGAAAUCACAAGGUAAAAUAGAAAAUAUUUCAAGAAGAAAGAUGAUGAAAGUACAACAUCAGAAUUUGUGGGAUGCAGCUCAUGUAGUACUUAGACAGAAAAUUAUAGCUUUACAUUUUAUAUUAGGUAAGAAGAAAUAGAAAUUGUAGAACUGACAAGUAUAAUACCUAAUAUGAAAAAUUCACUGGAUGAUCUUGACAGCAGAUUUGAUACUUGCAGAAGAAAAGAUCAGUGAAUUUGAAGAUAUGAUAAUAGAAGUUACUCAAAUUGAAGCAGAGAGAAAAUAAGGUAACAAUAAUGAAAAAGGCCUCACUGACCUAUGGAACAACAUUAAAUUGUCUAAUAUACAUGUAAUUAGAGGCCUGGAAGGAGGGAGACUGGGGCAGAAAAUACAUUUAAAGAGAAUGGCUAGAAGUUUUCCAAAUUUGAUGAAAAUAUUAAAACAUACAGAUCCAAGCAGCUUAAUGAACCCCAAGAAAAAUAAAGAAGGCCACCUCUAGGCAUGUCAUUGCUGAAAACCAAAGAUAGAGAGGAAAACUUGAAAGCAGCCAGAGGGGGAAAAAGACAGCAUAUACAAGGUAUUACCAGUUGGCUUCCCUGGAAAAAAGACUCUGAGAUGGAGUAUCUAUGUGCUGGCAGUUACUGGUGGGUGCUUGGAACAGAACCUAUGGGGAAGUACAGGAAGCAGAACUGGGCAGAGAGGUGUUAAACUGUGAUGCAAUCACAACAAAGGCCCCAGGUGAUCCCAAAGAGAGCUCUGGUGUAAGAUGGCCUUGAAGAAUGGUCCUGCAUUAAGACAAGGUCUUCUGGCCUUUAUAACCCUUCAAUCGCUAGUCACGACAUUCACGCUGUUUCAGGAAGAGGCUGUCACUGUUGAUAAGUUAGAUCUCUUUAGCUGAGAGCAAUUCCUGAAGAAGGAUGAGUUGAAGGUUAUCAAUUGCUAAAACUCCCAGCAGCUGAAGGAAUGAGUAUGUCGCAUUCUACUGAAAGACAGAACAGGGUACCACAGCAUCCACAAUAAAGAAAAACAGUGGUAAGAAUGACCACUGAUGACUUAGAAACAAUGCAACCCAUAAGACAGUGGAACAGCAUUUUUAAUGAGCCGAAAGAAAAAAAAAUGAACUGUAAUCAUCAUGGAUGUCAACAUCAUGGAAGUUGACGAUCAACAAAAGCUUCUCGAGAGGGGAAAUCUUUAUAGAUCCCUUUGUGGAAUGAACUUGUACUUAGGCUCAGGAAGUCCCUGGGUCCUGCAGUGCCUGUCCAGGACUACUGUGCCCAUGAGAAAACUAUGCCAGACAUUUACUCAAAGCGUGCAGCCUCUGUGUGCUCUUCUCAGCAAGUUUCAUGGCGACCACUGCAGUCCAUACCAAGUAUCUCUGACAUGACAGUGUAAAUUAAAAGAAAUUAAUAAACUGGGUACCUGUUAAAAAAAACUUAUUUUUUUCUGGAAAUCAAGGUAAAUAUGCGGGACAGAAAUUGAGGCCAUGCAAAUGUGGGUUUCACUGUAAUUACUACAGUAAUGAUUUAAAUAUUAUUCAAUUGUAAUAAACUGUCCUGUUUUAGUUAAUAGAGAUACAAAAAAGUUUUGAUUCAAGAUUCCUCCUCCCCAAAUGCUUUUCAGCUAUUAUUGAAUUCUACUCUGGUAUAUUUUCAUAUUUUUCUGACACUCAGUUAUUUGUUUUUGUCCUUUUCUGUUGGGUGCAUAUUGAAAGUUGCCUCAAAGCAGCUCAGGAUGCAGGUAACACAUUUAAAAACAACACCGAAAACAACAGAAGGUAGUUUGUGCCAAGUGCCAAAUGAAGGAUGGGUAAUCACUGCUACAAGAAUCGGAAAGGAAGAGGUGAUCAGUUCAAAGACGUUUAAAGUCAAUGCUGUGAAGUCCAAGUGGGCCCCCCUGGUAUUUCCCUGGUCUGUUUACUCACCCACUAUACUAGAGGCUUACCAUCACCUCUCUCUUCAAACCUCCAAUGUUAAUCCCUCCCUCCAUGUUCUCAAUUGAUUUCUCAGUGAGCCAGAAAACAAGGAGGAAGAAAGCCCCCGGAAGUAUUCACCACCAUGGCCACCAAGCUAUGUCCCCAUAUUGCUCCUGGGGCCCCGCAGCAUGUUCCUGCUUCCAGAACUUUGCGCUUGCUGUCCUUUCUGUCUGGAACGCUCUUCUCCCUUAUGCUCACAUGACUGCACCUUCAUUGUUUUUCAGGUAGAAGAUGUUAGCUAUCAACCUGUGGUGACCACUCCAUAUAAAACAGCAAUCUUUCAUCUCCUUCGUUGUGCUUUCUCUCCACAGCCUUGUCAGAAUCUGACGUACCACAUCUUUACUUAUUUAAUAUCUACCGCCUGCCACCUGAAUGUGUGCUCUGUGAGGGGAGGGACUUGGUUUUGUUCCCUGCAGCAUCCCUCGCACUUAGACCUAUGCCUGGUACAUAGUAGACAUCCAGUAAAUAUUGUUUUAAUGAAUGAAGUAGAAUUUGACCUGGAGGCUAAAAAAAGGCAUCACUUCUGAAGGGAGGGAAGGAAAGACAUCCCAGAUUGUGGGAAGGAGGGGAAGAGCAAAUGUAUGGACAUGGGAUUGGUUAUGUUUAGGAAAGUGAGAAAUUCCCUUCAGUUGAAGAAGAAGGAAAGAAAGAGAAGAUGAGGAUGAAAUGUGGGCUGGUGAUGCAUCAAAAGCCUAGACGGUCAAUCUAAACCUAUUCAGACUUAACUUUGUUAGUGACAGGGAGCAACUGAAGUUUUCUCAGCAGUAGAAGAAGUAGAGGAGGAUGGGCUGAAACCCCAGGAGACAGAGGCAGUGGGGCCAAGUGAAGAGACUUGCAGGUAGAGGUGUGUACUGACUGGGGAAUGACAACACUCGUGGAGGAAAUGGCAAGUGGGGAGAAGGAGGUGCCUGGCAUUGUUGAAGAAGGUUUCUCAGAGCUAAAAGCAAAAUGCAGGGAGAGGUCAUUGGAAUUAGAGAAUUUCUUCUUUCCAAAGAUUACAAAGAAAUUUCUGUAUAAAUUCAUUUUCUCUUACACACUGCCGUGAAAUUCCCAGAGACAGAUAUGAACUGCCCCACUUAGUACCAUAAAAAGGUAGCCUUAAUUGACUCAAUAAAUGAAAAAGUGACUUAA